AUGGAGUCUACAGAACAAGGAGAACUGAAGCAUCAGCUAUUUGGCACAUGCACAGACUGGGAAGCCAAGUGGACCCCUCCGCCUGAGGGGUUUGUUAGAUUGGAUACAGACGGAUCUGUCAAUACGUUAAAAUUCGCGGCAUGUGGAGGCAUAGUUAGGAACUCAGCAGGACAAUGGCUCGUCGGGUUUAAAAAGAAAUUGGGUUUCCUACCCUCUACGGCAGCAGAACUAUUGGCGUUACAAACAGGACUGGAAAUUUGCAAACAACAAGGUUACAGCAAAGUGAUGGCGUAUACUGGAAAUUUACAAACAACAAGGACUGGAAAUAUGCUUAUGGUAGAUGAAGGUUUUCAACAUCCUUUACGAUCACACAUAAUGCAAAUACGAAAUCUGAUGUACUCUGAUUGGGACCUCAAGAUCAACUACACACCUCGGGAUAACAUUCAGUGUGCGGACCAACUGGCUAAGGAGGCGCACAGGCUUACAGAAGGAAUGAUUAUGUUGUGGCAUCCACCGGCCGACUACCUUUCUCGCUUUAGGGAUGACUUAGAGUAG